AACCAUUCAAAAUGCAUUAUAAAAUGGUUUUAGUGAAUUAAUGUUUGCUGUCUUUUUUUCCUAAAGGAGGUUUCACGAUUGUAGGCAACAAGAGUUAACUUCAGGAUGCUAAAAAGGAAACAAAGUUCAAGGGUGGAAGCCCAGCCAGUUACGGAUUUUGGUCCCGAUGAAUCUUUGUCAGACAACGCAGAUAUUCUAUGGAUUAACAAACCAUGGGUACACUCUUUACUACGAAUCUGUGCCAUCAUCAGUGUUAUUUCUGUUUGUAUGAACACUCCAAAGACCUUCGAGCAUUAUCCGCCUCUUCAGUAUGUGACAUUUGCUCUUGAUACUUUGUUGAUGUUUCUUUACACUGCAGAGAUGAUAGCAAAAAUGCACAUCCGUGGGAUAGUUAAGGGUGAUAGCUCCUAUGUAAAGGAUCGUUGGUGUGUGUUUGAUGGAUUCAUGGUCUUUUGUCUUUGGGUGUCGCUGGUUUUACAGGUGUUUGAAAUUGCUGAAAUAGUUGACCAAAUGUCACCUUGGGGCAUGUUACGGAUUCCACGACCACUCAUUAUGAUUCGAGCAUUCCGGAUAUAUUUCCGUUUUGAGCUGCCAAGAACUAGGAUAACAAAUAUUUUGAAGCGUUCUGGAGAGCAAAUCUGGAGUGUUUCCAUUUUUCUUCUGUUCUUUCUUCUGCUGUAUGGGAUCUUGGGAGUGCAAAUGUUUGGAACUUUUACGUACCAUUGUGUGACCGACGACACUCAACCAGGAAAUGUAACCUGGAAUAAUUUAGCUAUCCCAGACACCCACUGUUCCAGAGAGCUAGAAGAAGGUUACCAGUGCCCACCGGGAUUUAAAUGCAUGGACCUUGAAGAUCUGGGACUAAGCAGGCAAGAGCUGGGCUACAGUGGCUUUAAUGAGAUAGGCACAAGCAUAUUUACUGUUUAUGAAGCUGCUUCUCAGGAAGGCUGGGUGUUCCUCAUGUACCGAGCAAUCGACAGUUUUCCCCGAUGGCGUUCAUAUUUCUAUUUCAUCACCUUAAUUUUCUUUCUGGCCUGGCUUGUUAAGAAUGUUUUCAUUGCAGUCAUCAUUGAAACGUUUGCAGAAAUUAGAGUGCAGUUCCAGCAGAUGUGGGGGUCCAGGAGCAGUACUACUUCAACUGCUACAACCCAGAUGUUUCAUGAAGAUGCUGCUGGAGGUUGGCAGCUUGUGGCUGUUGAUGUGAAUAAACCACAAGGCAGAGCUCCUGCAUGUCUACAGAAAAUGAUGAGGUCAUCUGUGUUUCAUAUGUUCAUACUAAGCAUGGUUGCUGUUGAUGUGAUUGUUGCUGCUAGUAACUACUACAAAGGAGAAAAUUUCAAGAGACAAUAUGAUGAAUUUUACCUAGCUGAGGUUGCUUUCACAGUUCUGUUUGAUUUAGAAGCUCUCCUGAAGAUCUGGUGUCUGGGUUUCACAGGAUACAUCAGCUCAUCUCUUCACAAGUUCGAGUUGCUGCUUGUAAUUGGAACUACUCUCCAUAUUUAUCCAGACCUCUAUCACUCUCAAUUUACAUAUUUUCAGGUUCUUAGAGUAGUUCGCCUUAUAAAGAUUUCUCCUGCUUUGGAGGAUUUUGUGUACAAGAUAUUUGGACCAGGAAAAAAACUUGGAAGUUUGGUAGUAUUUACUGCCAGCCUGUUAAUUGUAAUGUCAGCUAUCAGUUUACAGAUGUUUUGCUUUGUGGAAGAACUGGACAGAUUUACAACCUUUCCACGGGCAUUCAUGUCAAUGUUUCAGAUUCUCACACAGGAAGGAUGGGUGGAUGUCAUGGAUCAGACACUGAAUGCUGUUGGACAUAUGUGGGCACCAGUAGUUGCUAUUUAUUUUAUACUGUAUCAUCUUUUUGCUACUCUGAUUCUACUCAGCUUGUUUGUUGCUGUUAUUUUGGACAACUUGGAACUCGAUGAAGAUCUAAAGAAACUUAAACAA